UGCCAGCCCCCACUGCUCAGGUCACCUCCACGUGUUCAGCUAGGAGGCGCCAGUGAUGACGUCACGCCCAAGCAACCAGCUCCUGCGUCCCUAGUAACAAGAGUGUAAGGGUCCCUCCCUUUAAAUCACAGAGAAAACUAAUACUAUGGCUCAGGUUAACCCCCUUUCUAACCCCAAAGGGGUGAAAUUGUUGUGUGAGUUAUGCCAGCAUCCUGCUUAUAUCCAGUGCCAGCACUGCAAAGUCACAUACUAUUGUAAUGAGGACCACCAGCAGGCUGAUUGGACUAGUAUCCACAAGAAAAUCUGUCAGCUACUCAUCCCUCUGCGUACACCGGUGCCAUUUUUCACCUCUGCGGAAGAACGCUCACAUUGCAUUGAGCAAUUAAUGCAGAGAAAGAAACACUUGAUUGAUAUCACUACCAACGAAGCUCAGAGGAUGUUGUAUGAAGGAAAGCAUGACGAUGUGAUCCCUGCUGCUACUCAUUCCCUGUCUUUGGUUAUUGACGUGUACGGACUUAACUCUGUAGAGUUGGUACCCGUAUACCUCAUUUUGGCUGAGGCCAACAUUGGCCUUGGGCAGCUCACAUUGGCAGAAGAAUACCUCUCGCAAGCUUACUGGACAGUUCUAAAAACUACAGACUGCAGCAAUACCAUACGAUCCAAGCUGCACCGUAACCUGGGCCUUCUCUAUUCUGCCAAGGGAGAAUUUGAUGAAUCAUUGCGUCAUUUGGCUAACGAUGUUUUCUUUUCAAGCACUGCAUCGGGAACAGAUCACAUUCACACCUCAGGGGGAUAUUUUCACAUGGCAAACAUCUUCUACUGGCAGCAUAAAAUGGACAUUGCCGAUUCUCUGUAUUCACAGGUAGCCGAUAUAUGGCAUUCUCAUCUUAAAAAGUUAGUGGACGUGAAGAUAAAAGCAUCCUUGAGAACUGGCCCUGGAUGGUCUGAUGACUUCGAACAAGAAAGUUUAGAUGAAAACGAAGAAGCAGAAGCACUUCAGAUACUCCAUGCUAUAUGCGAUAUUAGGGAGCAAACUCCCAAGAAAGAUGGCACAAAGAUGGUGAAGAUUCUGCAUGCCCUCACUAUGCUGUACGUCCUGUCCAUGGAUUUCCUGAAGGCACACGAAUCGGGCAAGAAACUGCUCCAUACAAUUGAACAAAUCCCAGAUGAAGAAGCAUUGGAAGAUGUUUCACCAUUAAUAAAAUUAAUAGAAUCUAAUCUUUCCUCUAAAUAAAUGCAUUUCAUUGGUAUAUGCUAAACGUGUUUGUAAUGUAAAGUUCCUGCAAUGUAAAACCAUACUUUUUUAUGAACGUAUUUUUAAAUAUAAUAAAUUAACCACGCAGCAAAUUCUUGUAAAACAAAGAUAAAUCGGAGUAGCAGAAACAUUCAAUC